AUGAUGAACUACUUUAAAAGGAUUUUGAAACUCCCCAAAGGGUAUAUUCAACCUUUUCCGGGUGAAAAGGAUCGCAUAGUAGUUGCGAUGUCUUCCGGAGUCGACUCCUCAGUUACCGCUGCUCUCUGUAGAAAGAUUUUUCCACGGUCUGAGGUCGAAGGGAUUUUCAUGGCUAAUUGGACUUCUGACUCCAAUUGUACCGAUUCAGAUUGGAACGAUGUUAAGAAGACAUGUUCUCACAUUGGGAUCCCAUGUCGUAGAGUUGACUUUGAAAAAGAGUACUGGACUGAAGUAUUUGAGCCCAUGCUUGAGCAGUAUCGUAUAGGAAAAACUCCUAACCCAGAUGUGGGAUGCAAUAGAUACGUCAAGUUUGGUAAAAUGAUAGAACAUCUUACAAAUACAUUGGGCGAACAACAACCAUGGUGGCUGGUUACAGGUCAUUACGCAAGGGUAUUAGAAGACAUAACUUCGAGAGAAAAACAUCUCCUUCGAUCCGAUUACUUGCCAAAAGAUCAAAGCUACUACCUAUCCAGAGUAAAAGACUCUUCUUUAGAAAGGAUGUUCUUACCAAUAGGUCAUUUUUCUAAACCAGAGAUUCGCAAUCUAGCCAAAAAAUGGAAGUUACCGACAUCAAGUAAACCUGACUCACAAGGGCUCUGUUUUGUAUCUCAGAAGGAGGGACAUUUUAAAAAGUUUUUGGACGAAUUUCUUCCUCCAGAGCCAGGUGAUAUUAUUACGAUAGACGAAAAUGGUUUUAAACAUAAAUGGGGAAGUCAUCAAGGUCUCUGGCAUGCAACUAUAGGGCAAAGAUCAGGAGUAUCUAUGCCACAGGGAGACCGAAACUAUAAAGGUGCUUGGUUUGUAAGUGAAAAACGGCCAAAAACGAAUGAAAUAGUUAUUGUUAAAGGCUCUAAUAAUCCUGCGCUGUACAAAGACACUGUUGAAACCAGUAACUGGCUUUGGUUAGGGCCAUUUAACGCAGACAACCUGAAGAACAUAUCAAUAAAUGAACUGAUUGUUCAAUAUAGAUCUCUACAAGACCCUAUAGGGCUCCUAAACUGGAAAUUUUUUAGUCAAUCAAUUAAUAACCAAAGAAUGACAUUUCGUCUGAAGCAAAAGUAUCGGGCGAUAUCGCCUGGACAAAUUGCUGUAUUGUAUCAUAGAGAUAGAGUACUAGGCUGUGGAAUGAUAACAUAA